UGACUUGCUCAGUAUUUAAUAUAUUUGUAUUGGCAACAUUUUCUUGUAGUCGCUGAGCCGUGUGUUGGUUGGAAGUUUUAGGUUUAGGAUUAAUCGCGAAAUAUUAAUUUAAAAGUUUAAUUGCUUAAAAAUAUCCACAAUCAUGGAAGAAGAACCUCAGCAAAAUCUUGAAGCCUUGAAAAAGAAAAGAACUUUUCGAAAAUACACUUACCGAGGUGUAGAUUUGGAUCAGUUGCUUGAUAUGUCAAAUAACCAGUUGAUGGAACUGUUGAACAGCCGUGCUAGAAGGACCAUCUCCAAGGGAUUAAAGCGUAAACCUCUGGCUUUGAUUAAAAAAUUGAGGAAAGCAAAGAAAGAAGCUGGUCCCCUAGAAAAGCCAGAGGUAGUCAAGACUCAUCUUCGUGAUAUGAUAGUUGUCCCUGAAAUGGUUGGUUCCAUUGUUGGUGUGUAUAAUGGAAAGACUUUCAACCAAGUUGAAAUUAAACCUGAGAUGAUUGGCCAUUAUUUAGGCGAAUUCAGCAUAACAUACAAACCUGUAAAACAUGGUAGACCAGGUAUUGGUGCUACACAUUCUUCCAGAUUUAUUCCUCUGAAAUAAAAUGUAAAAUUGUCAAUAAAAAAAUAUUACCUA